UUAGGUGGGUAGUUAGGUACAGCAUGACAUUGGCUGACUGAUCAGUUAGUUACCUCGUUUCAUUGGCUCGCCUUUCUCAGUUAUGUCUGUGUCUCACUGUCAGUGUACACAAACAGCGCAUGCGUCUUGACUCAAUCUUCAGCCCUUGGAACUCGGGCUCAGUUCAAUAAGAGAGACCAUGUCCGCCAUCAACCUUAUGAACUAUCCUUUCAUUUAAACCAACUUCUUCAUGAAACUGCAGUAACACACGGCCUCAAGCAUGGCCACUUCGGGUGCAGUUCAGGUGAAAUUGGAGCUCGGUCACCGUGCCCAGGUCAGGAAGAAACCUACAGUGGAAGGUUUUACUCACGACUGGAUGGUGUUUGUUAGAGGACCGGAGCACAGCAACAUUCAGCACUUUGUGGAAAAAGUAGUUUUUCACCUGCACGAAAGCUUCCCGAGACCAAAAAGAGUUUGUAAGGAUCCACCUUACAAAGUGGAGGAGUCGGGGUACGCAGGAUUUAUCUUGCCAAUUGAAGUGUACUUCAAAAAUAAGGAAGAACCUAAGAAAGUGCGCUUUGACUAUGACUUAUUCCUGCACGUCGAAGGCCAUCCACCUGUAAACCACCUCCGCUGUGAAAAGCUCACUUUCAACAACCCCACAGAAGAAUUCCGGAAAAAACUGCUGAAAGCGGGAGGGCAAAGAGAUCCUCACAAAAGGUUUGCAGAAGAUCCAAAAGUCAUGGUCAUGCAGGAAGGAUCCACGUCACUCUUUGGACAAAGCCUGCAGCUCCCUAUACUUCCCAGUAAUGCUGUGUCUUUUUCAGACACAAAGAAGAGCAAGUCCUCACAUGGAUCAAAGGACCUGGCCAAGUGCAGUACCCUAACCACCACCACUACCAACAGCAGCAGCUCAUCAAAGCUCCAAAAGUCCAUGAAAGAGCACAAGGACAAACCUUCAAAAGACUCAAAAGAGCAUAAAAGUGCCUUUAAAGAACCUUCCAGGGAACUCGGUAAACUUUCCAAAGAUUCCAAGAAACCCAAAGAAAACAGACCACUUGGAGACGACAAACCCAUUCCGAAGAUGGCGUUUAAAGAACCCAAGCCCAUGUCCAAGCAAUUCAAGUCGGACACGAGUAGUGUCCACGCCGGCAGGGCGGGGGGUCUGCAGCAUGCCAUUAAGGCCCCCAACAAAAGGCUGCCCAGUGGCGACUCUGAUGAACUUGUAACUAAAAAGAGGAAGAAGAGUAGCUCGGAGCCCAUGAAACCUUUGUCCAGCUCAUCUCCACCCCACCUUUCCUCAGACAAAAAACAGAUGAAGGACAAACCCCAGAUCCGACCGGCAAAACUUAAAAUAGACAGUGAGACCCCAGAGAAAAAGAAACCCCCUUUGCCUCCUUUUGAAGAUAUUGUGGACCCAAAUGAAUCAGACAUGGAGGACAAUAUGUCUACCAAAUCAGAGUCAGGGCAGCCCAGUCCAGCAAGUUCCAGUGCCAGUUCCAGCUCUAGCUCUGGUUCCAGUUUUACUCCACCUCAGAACAGACAAGUGUCUGACUUCAUCUGCAGGAAGGCUGGAGCUGUGCCUGUAGCAGCUCAUACAGUUUUAGGCCCUUUAAGGUCAAUAAUGCAGGACCUGCAUUCUGAUGACAAUGAAGAGGAUUCGGAGGAGGAGGAGGAGGAGGAGGAGGAGGAUGACAAUGACAACGAUUCAGACGUAGAGCGGCCUGUACACAUGCACAUGACACACAGAAAUCGCAGGGUGAGCUUAAGUGAUGGCAGUGAUAGUGACAAUAGUGCUGCUUCUUCACCACCAGCACACCGUGAACCACCACCCUUACUAAAAACUAGCAAGAACCAGAUUAUAGAAGUGAAAAGUCCAAUAAAACAAACAAAACCUGAAAAAACAAUAAAGAAUAUGGAUUGUGAUACGGACAUUUCGGGUUAUUACCAGAGGAUUGGCAACUCCAUAUGCACAGCAGUAGACAGGACCAAACAAAAGCAGGCUUAUCUCGAUGAGUUGGUGGAACUUCAUAAAAGGUUAAUGACCCUGAGAGAGAGACACAUACUACAACAAAUUGUUAACCUCAUAGAAGAAACAGGACACUUUCACAUUACCAACACCACCUUUGACUUUGACCUUUGCUCACUGGACAAAACCACAGUACGAAAAUUACAGAGUUACCUUGAGACUUCUGGAACUUCCUGAGAAUACAGCGGCUGCCUGCAUCAUAGAAAUGAGAAACACACACACACACACACACACACACACACACACA